GCGCACUGAUCACUUGUACCCAACUAGUCCUCACCAUGAAAGCACACAUCACUCUUACUGCCUUAGUCUCGGCCUUCGCGUGUCUCUCGCUCGCCGAAAAUGCCAAUCCAGUGACAGUUUCGGUAUAUUACGAGAGUCUAUGUCCUGACAGUCUUAGAUUCGUGGUUACGCAGCUGUACCCGGUAUGGCUAGACCUCAAGGAAAUCAUGCUGCUCGAUGUGAACAGCUACGGCAAAUGUAAAGAUAGCCCAGCAGGCGAUGGGUACACCUUUGAGUGCCAGCAUGGGCCAGACGAAUGCGAAGGUAACAUGAUGCUAACAUGUGCCAAGAAGUACAGUUCUGAGGAGCAAUACAUGUCGUUUGCCAACUGUACUAUGGCAGAACUUGUUGGCACUGCAGCGGGAGCCAGAUGUGCCGAGGUGUCAGGCGUCAAUUACACCAGAGUUGAGGACUGUUUCAAUUCCGUGGAGGGACAGCAGCUGCAGCAUGAGGUGGGCGCGAAGCAGGCAGAGCUCGACCCGCCUCUUUACUAUGUGCCUUGGAUCCUUAUCAACGACGUGUUCACGGAGGAGCAACUCGACGCAGCCCAGGAAGACCUCAGGAAAGUUGUUUGCGACGCCUAUGGAGAUGUCAAGCCGGAAAAGUGUUCGGUUUAGAAGUGUUUAGUUUAUUAUUAUAAUUAGUAUUAUUGUUUUUGUUGUUACUGUUGUUGAUGUUGAUAUUUUCAUUAUUAUUAUUAUUGUGAUUAUUAUUAUUA